CGCGAGGAGGCAACAACGCUACUCUCGCCCACUCCUCCCUAAUACAACCAACCUAUUGUCCCGCUGAGGCCAAACACACCCUCACCCCACCAGCACCACCCCUCGCCUGCCUCGACCUACUACUCAUCAGAGCUCCAGCUCGAGGUUUUCCUCAAGCAUCUGUCUAGACGCAUCAGUGACUUGACUGCAUAUCCUCCGCCAGCCUCGCUGGCCACCCGCGCAACGCUGUCGCAACUCCCUUCUCUUUAAGCCAACCUCGAACCGUAGUGGUCGCCUCCUUGCUGUUCGUGUAAGGCACGCGCCGCUUCACCCCAAUCCCACACUCCUGAUCCAACGAUAUCGAGACACGUCGUGCUGCAGGCGUCACCUACCUUGCGCGCGCGCUCUUCCUCUCUGUCGCGGCUCGCCCGUCCGCCAUUCUCCUCGGCGCGCAAGCUCGUCGCUCGUCGCGCGGAUGUAUACCACGCAGACUAACGGCGCUGAGGGUGCGACAAUCAAUCCAGCCACUCUCAAUCCAGAACUGUUGAACCAGAAUUCUCGAGGACUCAAGCGCAGCCGGUCGCCAGACAACCUUCAGGGCACGCAAACAAUCGCCAACCCAGGGGAUGACGAUCCUUCUCAUCAGAGAAAGCGCAACCGGCCUAUGAAACCAGCAAGAACCUCAGGUGGUUUGACCGACUUGCAUCUGGCACAGCAACACGCGACACCCAUUCCUCCACCUCCAAUGGCGCAGCCUCCGCACGGGCAGCAGACCCUGCCACCACCGCAUACUCCUCAAUCACAGAAUGCGCCUCUUCCGGGGCAAUCAGCAAGCUACUCUGCGCCGCAGACAUCUCCUCCUCCAAAGACGACACCGACCAAGAGUACGUUGAAGGCUCUGCCAACCGUGCGCGAUCACACUACCGACCAGCUUGGACCUGGUGGCGAUGAGUACAUUCCACGAGAGACAGACGAGCAGGGCGAGAAAAAGGUGCUGCUCAAUGGGCAGUUGACAGGCGGACGGGAGUAUCGAUGUCGGACCUUUCUCGUGCCGAACCGCGGCGACAAGCUUUUCAUGCUGGCUACAGAAUGUGCUCGAGUGCUCGGCUAUCGCGACUCAUACCUUCUGUUCAACAAGAACCGAUCGCUUUUCAAAAUCAUCGCCAACCAGGUUGAGAAGGAUGACCUGGUUUCUCAGGAGAUCUUGCCGUUCUCAUACAGGUCGAGACAGAUUGCCAUUGUGACCGCGCGAUCCAUGUUCCGACAGUUUGGAAGCCGGGUCAUCGUGAAUGGGCGGCGCGUGCGGGACGACUACUGGGAACAGAAAGCCAGGAAGCAGGGGUUCACCGAGGCCGACCUCGCUGGCGAGAAACGACCAGGUGCGGCUAAGGCUCGAGAAGCUGCGGCCGAGGCCAACAAUGCUGCGGCGUCUUUCGCUGGCGGACCAAGUGGUGAAAUCAUCUACACCAACAAUCCGGCUUUUGGGGGUGCGCCAGCGCCUCAACCCUUCCAAACAGGUAUGCUAGGAUUGCCAUCUGGACCCGCGACAAGAAUGCCCGUAAUAACCACAGGACCAGAUUUGAACGAUACAAGGACAAGAGACUACAGCAACUUCAUCAAGAGUGGCCCACGGCAAGAAAUCACAGGACAUCCCUAUCAGGAUCAGACCAGACCUACUCCUCUCGGCGAUAUCCACCAGCAAGCACAUCACACAGCUGAAUUCAACCGUGGUCUGAAUCAGCAGCGGGAGAUGAGAGGAGACUAUCUGCAGAACCUUUGGCGGCGUCCUCACGAGCAGCCUGCAUCUUCGCAACCUGUAGGUCCAUCGGACACGCAACUUCCGGCCACUCGUCCUGGGCAAUCUCCGCAUGCGUCGAGCGCCAGCAUCCAGCCGCCUGGCAUCGUCCCGAACCAGAGUCCUCAGAUGAUGAUGACGGCGGCCCCUUACAGCCAGCCUCUGCACUCUCAGCAGUCGCUUGGGCAAGGCCAGAUGAGGUCUAUGCCGCAGCCAACGGCACAGAAGCAGUCCAGGCCCGGCGCUCUGCAACCAGGAAGUGGCACAAGCUUAUCUCAGGGCUCGCCAGCGUACAAUUAUGGCUCGUCGAGUCAGAUGUGGGGUCCGCAGACACCACAAGCGCCACAGCACUACUCGGGAUACGGUGGCCAGACACAGGCUUCUCAUCCUCAACAGUCUCCUGCUCCGCAACUUCGCCAUCCCGGAAGCUCUGGACAGAUCCAACCCGGCGCCGUCCAAUACCCUGGCAUGCCAGGAAUGGGCCAGUCUUACCCACAGCACGGACAGGGCAUGUAUCCUGCAGACCAGACCACGCCGAGGCAGUUCAUGCCUCAAAACACUGCUGGCAGUCCUGCAGUCACCCAGGGAUGGCCAAACCCUCAGACAUCCGCAGGCGGAAACUGGUGGGCCGCCAACCAGCAGCAAUAAAUCGUUGCUGACUUUCGUGGUGUCUUGUCUUCUAAGAUACCACACCACCCUUGACCUCUUUUCAUCUGGAUCUUUUUGAUUUCGUCUCGUUGUCCGCUUGGCUUUCUGCGGAUCCCAGCUGUCUCGAGCGACCUCUUUUCCUGUUCAUCGAAGAGCAUUUUGAGAUACCCGCGUCGACAGCAUUGGAGGAGUUCCGGCGGCACUUUAUCGGUACUGGUCAAAUUGGUCCCUUCUUGGAUCGUUCAAUCAGUGGGGGCUCAUACUUCGGAUGUCCGAGCCGUCUCGGCCUAAGUUUCGCCAGGUUGACUGAUGAGGCAGAGGCUCAUUCCGCUCGACU